ACCACUGGAGGCUCUCAGCAGUUUAUGCGUCACUUCACCUCUCAGUCGCUGAUCAUGGCGGAGCUACAGCUCCAGCGUGAAGUGGAGCCUCAACUUCUCAAUGGGGACGAUCUGAACGAGGAGAGAAAAGAUGCAGACGCGUCAGAAUCCGUGAAGAAGAGGAGAAGAAAGAAGAAGAGGAAUAAAACCCCAGCACCAGCAGGGACGAAUGAAGCUGAGGGCGAUGGAGAAGCUGGAAGUGUUGGGGAUGUGACAAAACACAUGGAGCAGCAGUCACUGGAGGACAAAGAGAGGGAGGAGGAUGGAGAAGAAGAUGGGGAAGAAGGAGAGAACUCAGCUGGAAAACGGAAGAAGAAGAAGAAAAAGAAGAAAGGAUUGAAGGGACAGACUGACCCUCCCUCAAUCCCUAUUUGUGAGCUGUUUCCCAGCGGAGGCUUUCCAAAGGGAGAGGAGUGUGAAUAUCCACCAUCGAAAGACGGGCGCAGUGCAGCGUGGCGGACCACCAGUGAGGAGAAGCGGGCGCUGGACAUGGCCAACGAGGAGAUGUGGAGUGAUUUCAGGGAGGCAGCCGAGGCGCAUCGGCAGGUCCGCUCCUAUGUUAAUAGCUGGAUCAAACCAGGGAUGACCAUGAUUGACAUCUGUGAGAAGCUGGAGAACUGCUCCAGGACGCUCAUCAAAGAAAAUGGGCUAAAAGCAGGUCUGGCCUUCCCCACCGGCUGCUCCAUCAACCACUGUGCUGCCCACUACACCCCCAACGCAGGAGACCCCACGGUGCUGCGUUACGACGACGUCUGCAAAAUCGACUUUGGGACGCACAUCAACGGUCGAAUAAUAGACUGUGCCUUCACCGUCACCUUUAAUCCAAAGUUUGACAGGCUGCUGGAGGCUGUGAGAGACGCAACUAACACCGGCAUUAAGUUUGCAGGGAUUGAUGUGCGCCUGUGCGAUGUCGGCGAGACCAUUCAGGAGGUCAUGGAGUCUUACGAGGUGGAGAUAGAUGGGAAAACAUAUCAAGUAAAGCCAAUCAGGAAUCUCAAUGGCCACUCUAUCGGACAGUACAGGAUACACUCAGGGAAGACGGUCCCUAUUGUGAAAGGCGGAGAAGCCACGAGGAUGGAGGAAGGUGAAGCUUACGCCAUUGAGACAUUUGGCAGCACAGGAAGAGGUGCAGUCCACGAUGACAUGGAGUGCUCGCAUUAUAUGAAAAACUUCAACAUUGGACAUGUACCAAUCAGACUUCCAAGGGCUAAACAUCUGCUGAAUGUGAUCAAUGAGAACUUUGGCACUCUGGCAUUCUGCCGCCGCUGGCUGGACCGCCUGGGUGAGAGCAAGUACCUGAUGGCGUUGAAGAAUCUGUGUGACCUUGGCAUCAUAGACCCGUACCCUCCGCUCUGCGACAUCAAGGGCAGCUACACGGCGCAGUACGAGCACACCAUCCUACUCAGGCCCACCUGCAAGGAGGUAGUGAGCCGGGGGGACGACUACUAAGCAUGCGCCAAACCUGAAGGAGAAGCAGGAGGAGACAAGAAACCUCUGCAGACCGAUCGCAAUUAUGCAAUAUUUCUCUGAUCUAAAUUACUACUGCUUUAGUACCUUUAAGUCAUUAUUCAAGCAAGAGCGAAACGAUUUGGGUCCUGGUAGAAGCUUAAUAGUAGUUACUUUUCAAAUGAUUGAGGCAAAAGACAAAGGGCAUAUCUUUAAGAAAUGUAGUGUUGUCAUUUAGGCCAUAUUUUGAUGCUUUUAGGAUGUAUGCAAAAGUUAUAUAUGCAAAACAAACAUGCAAAAAAGGUUUUGGUGAAUAACUCACCUGAAAAUGUUUUGCUUCAUUACCAUGUGAGGAGCAAUGACAUUUAUAUAUUUCUUUGCUCCAUUUUAAUUUAAUGCAGUUUUUAUAAGAAAUAAAUUGUUAUCAAACUUGAA